UGGCCACACUAAUGUAGCGUUAUUUACAAAAUAUUCUUUUUUUUCGACGUUAAUUUAUCGUUUAUGCCGACUAUGUCGCGUAGCAGGAUAUGGAAGUUCUACGACAAGUUGGAUCGGAAUUCCGCACAGUGCCAGCUAUGCGAGAAAGUCAUCAAGACUAGCGGCAACACGUCCAAUCUGAUGAAGCACAUGAAGACCCAUCCGCAGAUAGACCUCUUCGAUGACGAUGUGGUAGUGGAGCGGGGCAUAUACAAGCGGCGGGAGCAGGAUGACAAGCUGCGAUUCCGGAAGGUUGUGCUCUUCAAGGAAGAGAGCUCUGAUUUCCACAGCGAGCUGUUGUUCAAGGCUGCCAAAGAUGCGAACGGCAUUAUCGAGCUGGAUGAUCAGGGAAUGACCAAGGCGGCUGCUGAGGAUCGCAUCUCAACAAAGAGCGUCGGUUAUGCGUGGGUCUCUCCGGAGGCCACAGUGUCCCGAACGGAGACGGUUGGCGACGACGAUAUCAUCGAAUUCGAACCCAAGGAGGAGCUCGAUGAGCCGGAGAAAAGCCCACUUCCUCAAAUUGUACCAUUUGCCGGCCAUGACAACUUAAAAAUGGAAGAACCUCUGCCAAGCGAGAGUCCGUUUCACAAGGACAUGGCCUUCUUUGUCUGCCGUGACCGUCAGUCAUUGCAGAUUGUGCAGGGCGAGGGAUUCCAGCACCUAGUGAAAGUACUGUGCCCCACCUACAGGCCACCGAGUGCGGCGAAACUGGAGGCCAUUAUCUGCAGGGAGUCGGAAGCGCAGAGGUCCAAGCUCCGCCAGCAGUUGGCCGCUAUCUGUACACUCAGCCUGAGUUGCUCGGUCCACACAAAUGCGGAGAGUCAAAACUGGAUAGAGCUGGUGGCCCACUUUCACGAGGGGCGGCAACGAAUCUCUCGAACUCUUUCUGUGCUGCGCCUUCCCGAUCUUUUCACCUCCAACGAACUGGUGGAUUGCAUGGAGCAAGUGUGCCAGCGCUUCGACAUUCCAAAGUCAAGGAUCUGCUGCGUGACGACAAGGAGCAGUCAACUGCUGGAGGAUGCGGUGACAUUGUUCCUGGGCGCUCAUCAUCAUGUUCCCUGCUUCGCAUACCAAUUGAAUUCUCUUUUAGAGGAGGUGAUGCAGCGUCCAGAGAUACGUGAUUUGCGCGACAAGGUGCGUCACCAUGUGCAGUCCACAUUGCAGCUGAAUCCCCAACUGGAUUCCACACACCGACCUAUUAGUGCGUACAAUAUGCUAGACUUAUACCUGAAACACACUCUCGUUCAAGAGCCGCUGCCUUUUUCGCCGGCCGAUGUGGAUUUGUGUCAGCAAUUGCUGGACGUGCUGAGACCAUUGACCAGCUCUAUGCGUGAGCUAAGUCGAACACCAUAUCCGGCGGCCAGCACAGCCCUGCCCAUUGCCCAAACUCUGAUCAACCAACUGAAGCAGGAGAAGAGUGCGGAACACAUGGUUGCCAGGGAAAUACGCUUGUUCAUGGUUCAGCAGCUGGAGGAGAUCUUCGAACGAAUGGAGCGCAACUUGCACCUGGCAUUGGCAAGUCUGCUGGACCCACGCUUUCGAAAUAUUCCCUUCCAGAGUGGGGCCCUGGUGGCCCAGUAUAUGACUCAGCUCUAUGACAUGAUGCAGGCGCAUGUGGACAGCGGGGAGCAAGCUGCUGCAAGGGAUCCGGAGAACCGUGAUCACUACGAUAUCUGGGCGGCAUUCAAAUCAUUUUCGCAUGGGAAGCAAAGGCUUGUCAACGGCAGCAACAACCCCGAGGAGGACGAUGAGAUAGCCAGAUACUUUUGCGCCGGCAUGAGUACCCUGCGAGCCGAGCCCUUUCAGCUCUGGGAGGAACUGGCAGAAGCUCACCCCUUCCUGCACAACGUAGCACAGAGGUACCUGCACGUUCCGGCCACCGCAGAGCCGGCGGAUCGGCUAUUUACUGCCGAAGGAGCGGCGGUUACGGCGCAGUACGCCAGACUAAUCGAAAACAACAUGGAAAACGUGCUCUUCAUGGCGGAAGUUCCAACGAAGGAGUGGCAGUUAUAGCGUAGCCCAUAAUCAAUCCACACCUAAGUUGAGCACUGUGUUUUUGCACACCUUUUAUUAAUUACAUUUUUAAUUUACAUUUACAUUUACAAUAAUGUAACUUUUUAGCUUCUCAAGCGAUAAGAAACUAUUUUUGUAUUAGAAAAGGUAGUGAACGAAUAAAGAUCAAACAUUCAUUAAA